AUCUCGGUGUUGUGUUAUUCCCUGCUCCAGAGCAUCCAGAGCAUCCAGAGCAUCUCGGUGUUGUGUUAUUCCCUGCUCCAGUGCAUCCAGAGCAUCCUGGCAUCCUGAGAACGCUGCCAUCCAGCUCGUCCCCAGGCUCCAGGAGCAGCACCCAGGGACAUCCCAGAGCAGGGGGAUUUACAGGCACGAGGAACUGCUGUGAGUAAAGGGGAGGGAAGCUCGGUCCUGCUGAUCGGCUCCUGGGAAUGUCACUCUGCCCCGAGUGCCACUGAACAGAGAGAGUGGGGGAAGAGAGGGAGAGGAGGAGGAGGGAGGACGGACCCAGAGAGGAGAGAGAUGAUCCUCCUUCAUCCCCAGGGAUGAUCACGUAGCACAGGCCACGCCGGAGAAGGUCCCCAGCCCCAGAGCCAGCCCUGCCUCCUCAUGGAGGGGGACCUGGGGGCCCCCAAUGCCAGCGUGCUGGGGGAGCACUCCCUGCUCGUGGGCAGCAGCUGGCUGGCCGCUUUCCUCUGCUUCAUCAUCCUGCUGACCACGGCGGGCAACUUCCUCCUCAUCCUCCUCAUCGUCACCCAGCGCUCCCUCCGCAACACCUCCAACUAUUUCCUGGUGUCCCUCUUCAUGUCGGACCUGAUGGUGGGGCUGGUGGUGAUGCCCCCGGCCAUGCUCAACCAGCUCUACGGCCGCUGGGUGCUCAGGGGGGACUUCUGCUCCCUCUGGGCCUCCUUUGAUGUCAUGUGCUGCAGUGCCUCCAUCCUCAACCUGUGUGUCAUCAGCCUGGACCGCUACCUGCUCAUCACGUCCCCGCUCAGGUACAAGCUGCGCAUGACGUCCUGCAGGGCCCUGGCGCUCAUCCUGGCCACCUGGAGCUUGGCAGCGCUGGCCUCCUUCCUGCCCAUCAAGAUGGGGUGGCACGAGCUGGAGUUUGAGGUGAGGCCCCUGAACGUCACGGGGCUGGGGGAUGAGGAUCAGUGCCGGCUGCUGGUCAGUCUGCCCUAUGCCCUGGUGGCCUCCUGCCUCACCUUCUUCCUGCCGUCCGCCGCCAUCUCCUUCACCUACUGCCGCAUCCUGCUGGCGGCGCGCAAGCAGGCCGUGCAGGUGGCUUCCCUCACCUCCAACGUGGCCACCACCGAUGAGGCCACCCCACAGGUUCCACGCGCCCCGAGCCAGCCCCUGACCGGCAGCGAGAGCAGGAGGUUCAGCAACAAGCACAGCAAGAAGGCUCUGAAGGCCAGCCUGACCCUGGGCAUCCUCCUGGGCAUGUUCUUCGUGGCCUGGCUGCCCUUCUUCGUCACCAACGUGGCACAGGCAGUUUGUGGCUGUGUCCCGGCUGGAUUCUUCGAUGUGCUCACCUGGCUGGGUUACUGCAACAGCACCAUGAACCCCAUCAUCUACCCACUCUUCAUGAGGGACUUCAAGAGAGCCAUGGGCAAAUUCCUGCCCUGCUGCCGGCGCUCGGCGGAGCCCCGGCCCAGCGCCAUCUCCCUGUCCAUGAGGAACUCCAACAGCGGCCCCCGCGCUGCCACGUCCCUCAAGAACGUGCUCACCCUGCAGGCUGACACCGACUCCGUGGACUCUGGGGCGGUGGGGAGCGAGCCCAGGCUGCUCCCGGCCGGGCCGGGCCCUGCAGCUCGCUCCAUCGGCCUUUGGGACGCGGAGCCCGCGGACGCGGAGCUGCAGCUCGGCACCCCCGUGGCCUGAGCG